AAACCUGAAACUGGAGGGGGAGGGUAGCGAGGCCAGCAAUAGUAUCGUCAGAGAUGGUGUUUUCAUGGGCAGAGAAUAAUACUGUUGCUUGGUGUCACUUGAUUAUUCUUUGAGUAGGUUAUUUUAGUGUUGAAAUGUUGUAUGUAAAAUACACAUUAGAACUGCAAUCACUGGACUGAUACAUGUUAACGUAUCUGUGUGUACGGACUAUAGCGGAAUCUUUACUGUGGACUUGAACGCUGGAGAAAGAGCAGGAUUUCUGUGAGAUGUUGAGAGCCAACAACACGAAGACAAAGAACUGACUUUCAAAGUUUAGAGAAAACCGCUGUCCUAGAUAUAUAAAGGCCCGAUUUGGAAACCGCUUUCGAGCCGCUGUAGCACUGACUUACUGCGACUGAGAGAGUGCAACGGCGAUAUCUGCAUAGACUGCAAAAAACUGAGAGAUUUAAGAAGAAAAACGUGUCAGGCAUUCGUUUACAGUACAGUUAUGGGGUUGUUAUUUGCAAAACUCUGGAGUUUCUUUUGUAACCAAGAACAUAAAGUGAUCAUCGUUGGACUGGAUAAUGCCGGGAAGACAACAAUCCUUUAUCAGUUUUUGAUGAAUGAAGUUGUUCACACGUCGCCUACUAUAGGGAGCAAUGUAGAAGAAAUAGUGGUCAAAAAUACCCAUUUCCUAAUGUGGGAUAUUGGUGGACAGGAGUCACUCCGAUCUUCAUGGAACACCUAUUACUCCAACACAGAGUUUAUCAUUUUAGUUGUGGACAGCACAGACAGAGAGAGGCUGUCGAUCACAAAGGAAGAAUUGUACAGAAUGUUGGCUCAUGAGGACUUGCGGAAGGCAGCAGUUUUAAUUUUUGCAAAUAAACAGGAUAUGAAGGGGUGCAUAUCGGCUGCUGAAAUUUCAAAUUACCUCACCCUUAGCUCUAUAAAGGAUCAUCCAUGGCACAUUCAGUCAUGCUGUGCGCUUACAGGUGAAGGUUUAUGCCAAGGCCUGGAGUGGAUGACCUGUAGAGUUGGUGUGAGAUAACUGCUUGAACAACAAAGACUCUAUUUAUACUUCAUACAGUACAUGAACAUUGUUUUCUGUUACCUGUGGCUGAAGGAGUGGCUGCUUUUAAUUUAUCACAACACAAACCUCUCAAAACAACACUUGAAUCAAGUGGUGUCGAUUUUGGAAGCUCUAGGCCUUUACAAACUACCUUUGCUGUGCUGGAUGCACAUUGUAGCGCAUCUGUUUUUCACACAAGGCUUAAUACAUGUAAGAUUUUAUUAUUACUUUUAAAUACUGUAUACAUACCUUCUACCCACUAUGCGGACCUGUCUUGAAGUCUUAAAACUAAAGCUUUUCUACUGCAUAAUUUCUAGGAUUGCAUACAAUGGUUGUUUUUAGUCAGGUAUAUUAAUACAGGGGCGUGUAAAUUAGGAAAACAUCCAAAAAACACCCAAGCACUGCUUAUCAAGUUGUGUGUCCCUGUGCAAGUAAAAACUGUGUGAAAAGUGCACACUAAACAAUACAGUUGGUUGAAGCUACUGACUGUUCAAGCAGCUUUGGUGAAAGUUAGUGAGGCUUUUACUUUUAUAUGUACAAAAUGAAUGCUUUUUACUCAAGUCAUUGUCAUUUCAAAUUCAAUCCAUUGCAGAAAUCUUCAUAAUCAAUACUACUACUACCAAUAAUAAUAAUAAUUAUGAGAAUUGAUAUGAUGAGUGGUGCACAGAACCUACUGUAUAAUAAGCUGAAGUGGGUUGUAUUUACUUUGGAUUGCUAUACAUUUCUUAAGUAUUUUGGUUGUGUAACAUGCAUUGGGUGGACAGUGUAAUUCUCAGGUCAGCUGGCCACUUUGCAGUAUAGGGGUGGGGGUGGGGGCAGCAUUCAGAACUGACAUUGAGGUUUUUUUUUUUUUUUUGUAUAUACAGUUAACUUGAUUGAGAGAAAUGCUGCCUAUGUUAAAGGUUAAUGCUUUAUAGUUCUAGCAUUAAAGGCCACUUGCAGUGACACUUGGUGUUUUUGUCUGGUAGAAGCGCUGUGCCCCCUGGUGUGUGUUACAUUUGCUAACCUCCAUAUAUUGUAAGCAUGCCUCUACCUUAAGCGACCCGUUUUGAACUUCACAAACUGUCACGUGACUGUUACAAUAGUGUGUUUAUUCUAAUUCCACUGAUGAUGCCUAUUGGACAGCGAGUGAGAGUUGCAUUUCCACACAGCACUGCAUGCAAGGCACUGGUCUAUCACUAGUUAACACAGGCACGUUACAUUUCUAGUGGUGGUGGUUUAGGGUACUGGGAUCAUUUCUCCAUAAUUGUUUUAACCAGGAUAUCGGGAGAAGGAACAAUCCUAGCUAUAAAUGCUACAGAGCUUGUUGCACACAGUUCAUUCAUUGGUACUGGCAAGGUGGAAUAAUAGAGGACGUACAGGAAAUGAAACGACUAGACUACAUGGGAGGACAUCGUUAUUAGGAAGAUGAUGACUCUCCCCCUUCACGCAUGAGAAUUAUUACUGUAUGUGGAUGUUACUAUACAAAUCUUUUUCAAUUUAAUUUAAAACCAACAAUUAUCUGUUUAUCAAAGAAAAUGUGUUAUGAAAGGUUAAUUACUUCCAUUUUUACAUGGAACAAACUGGAAGGUUAAAUUAGGUUGAGUAAUAAAUGAUGUGGGGGUUCUAGUAUUUUAAAAUUCUAAAAACAAAAAAUAUGACUUUUAUAUAUUUGUAAUAGUGUUUUGUGAAAUCAAAUUCCAUUCUGUUAAGUGUUUUUUUUUUUUUUUUUUUUAAAUCGCUUAAUUUCCAAAAACAAAGAUAUUUAGUUAAAAUAAGUAGGUCUCUACAGAAUAAACAUAUUUCUGUUUUAUAGUUGGUUGGAAGUAGCAGGAUUUUUCUUAUGCUACCUUUUGAAAUCUCUAGCAGAACUCUGACCCUGUGUCUUUUAGAAUGUCAGCUAUUUGUGAAAUAUUGUGUUCUUUACCCUUUUAAUAACAACCAAACCAUAAAAUCUUCUAGAUGGCCUUAUCAACCUGCAUCAUAACUAAGUAAAACACAAGCUUUUUGUAGCGAUUUGCCUUCGUCAGCAGAUUAUACCAAUGAUUUUUUGGCUUUUGUACUUUUUGAAUUGUAUUAAUACCUGUGUCCUAAGAACACAACCUCCUGAUUUAAGUGUUAUUGUGUGAAAUACAUUGUAGAAUUAAAACCUAUUGAGUUCUGGUUUGUUAUUCAGAAAGUGUGGAAAUUGGUGAAUUUAAGGUUGAAAAUCUAUUAUUUUUUAGAUGCAUGUUUUUAAAAUGUAAUCGUGGUUUAUAUUACAAAUAUUUCCAGGUAGAAUUUUCCAACACACUGAGGAAGACCAAGGGUCUGUUUUAGUCCCAAUAAUGUAUUUAUUAUUAUUAUUAUUAUUAUUAUUAUUAUUAUUAUUUAUCCAGUGAUGUUAUAGGGAUUGGAAUAGUGCAUGUAGCGGUUUGUCUUGGAUUAAAACAUGUUUAGCCAAUCGCUGUGCAGCGUAGGCCAGAACACACAAUUUGGUGGCCUUACUGACCAGGCAGCAUUUGGAUAUUAUAAGACAGUGCUGCCCAAACACGGUCCUGGAGAGCCCCUAUCCAGUAUGUUUUGUAGGUCACCCUAAAUCGCUAAUUUCUAAAGACUGGGAACACAUGGAAGUUAUUGAUCAAUUAAGCAAAUAACUUGUUCAAUUAAGAGAACUCUGGUCAUUGGACCAGUUUACAUAAGUCAUGACUUAUUUAAGGUGGUACGGUCUGGAUUACAAUUUUAGUUAGUUUUGGUUUAUGUUUGAAUACAAAUGUAAUAUAUUAUACAAAAAAUCAAAUACAACAUGAAGUUUCAAAGCAGGAAUUGUUAAAUUAAACAAACCAAAAUGAUCUAAAAUUAUAAUUCAGCUGUACCACCUUAAAUAAGUCGUGACAUUUUCCCAGCAUGUAAUCCAGGCCAUUGAGGGCUUAAGAAGGUAGUUCAUUUUUUGUACCAAAUGAUCUCUCAAUUACUUAAAUCACCUGCUUAAUUGAUCACAAUGAAAUUGUUCCAGGUGUUAAGAAAUUAAUGAUUAAAGGUUACCUAUAAAACCUGCUGGAUAGGGCAGCACUGCUAUAAAAGAUGUGCUGAGUCAUCACUGUGUCACCAAUUACCACUGACAUUACCUAAUAUCUAUAGUAUAGCCAUUACCUAACCAUUUUAUGUGUACUUCUGAAUGUUGGCCCAGGAGCAACAGAUACACAAUUUUGAAUUUAAAUUCGUGUAUUUGGUGGAUACCGUUUUUUAUAGUUAUCUGGUAAUAACCUUGACAGGUGCUGAAUUUGCUGGUACUGUAGGUAGUUAAUUAAAUUAAUUAGUUAAGUUAAAAUGCACCUUUUCUGGUAUAAAUGCAACCUAAAAUGUGAACAGGCUGAUGUGUAGAGGGUUUACUCUGGCUAAUCUUUUAACCAUCUGCAAAUUCAGGAUCUAUGGUAAGGUAUUGCUAGAAUAAUGUACUAUAGAUUCACCAAUGUAUUUUAUAAGGUCAAAUAAAACAGUAAUGAGUUUAUUAUAUAAAAUGAACUGUUCUGUUUUUUAUUUAAAAAUGAUCAAAUUGGGGCUCCCAAGUGGCGCAUCCACUAAAGGCGCUCCGCGUGGAGUGUAGGAUGCACCCUAUAGUCUGGACGUCGCAAGUUCGAAUCCAGGCUAUUCCUUUGCCGACCGAGGAUGAGAGCUCCCAGGGGGGCGGUGUUCAAUUGGCCGAGCACCCCCCGGGGGGAGGGAGGGCUAGGUCGGUCAGGGUGUCCUUGGCUCACCGCACACCAGCGACCCCCGUGGUCUGGCCGGGCGCCUGCGGGCUUGCCUGUAAGCUGCUCAGGGCUGCGUUGUCCUCCGACGCUGUAGCUCUGGGUGGCUGCAUGGUGAGUCUGCAGUGUGUAAAGAGGCGGUCAGCUGAUGGCACACGCUUCGGAGGACAGCGUGUGUUCAUCUUUGCCCCUCCCAAGUCAGCGCUGGGGUGGUAGCGGUGGGCUGAGCCUAAAAAAUAAUUGGACAUUACUAAAUUGAGGGGAAAACAAUAAAAAUAAUUGGUGACCACUAAAUUAAAAAAAUAAAAUAAAAUAAUCAAAUUGAGAAAUAUAUCUCCUAAUUGGAAAAAUAAUCAGAUAAACAGAAACUUGGAAAAAUGUUUCAGUGCAUUCCAGAAUCAUGGUGUAUAGCUUUUAAAUGAUGAUUUUGGAAUAUAGUUUGGCAUUUUAUUAUAUUGUGUAACGCUUUAGAUAUAUCUAACAUUACCAUACCGGCCAAUAACUUUACAUAUUUUGAAGGCAAUGUUAGCUCUCAAAACAAGAAAUUCUGAAAUAACCAUCACCAUCUUGCAUUAUUGUCAAGAUCAUACCAGUAACUACAUAAUAAUUUGGUAAAACAAAAUACUAUUUUAGAAAAGAUGUGAGACUGCAGUUGUCUUAAAAGGAUUAGUUAGCAAAUGUCAAGUGUGUUUUACUUUUUCAAGGUAAAUAAUGUUUUUGAAACAGCUUCAGAUUCUUAAAAGCUGUUUGCUUUAUUUAUUUAUUAAUUUUUUUAUGAAGACUAUUCCAAUUCUUCACUAUGGUAUUUCUAACCAUGCUUGGGAAGUUUUUAACCUGAGCAUUUUAUGGCAAGGUUACACUGUAUGCACAAAGGUAACCUCUGCUGUUUGGCCUAAUGUGUGUCAAGUGUACAGUAUUUCUCUCUCACAUUCUUCUAACACCCUAGUCUCCCACUUUCCAUCUAAACUGGUUAGCAGCUAGAAACAAGAUGAACCAAAUGGAUACAUUCCCAGGUAUGAUUUAUAAAGUACGAGCAUUAACUCACUUAGAGGAUGAGUACAUGUAUGUUUCUAAAUUGUCAGGACCUGUCAGCUGUAUCCGAAGCAGCAAUAAAGCCUGUUACCAGAAAUUUUUAUUAUAACUCAAAGACAAGAACAGUAGCAUGUAUACCUCCCUGUUCUACAGUAAAAAGAAAGGUUAAGUAUUGCAUUCAUUUUCAGUAUGUAUACUAAAAGAUACAUGCAGAUUGACAAGGAAUCAAAAAGGCACAUCACAUGUAAACUACCUUUGUACUAGAAAUGUUCAAUUUGGUGCAGCUUCUGUUUUUACAUUACUGUUUUCAGUUUAACCAUUGUGCAUUCCAAAAAACUCAGGUGUGGCUUUUUAUGAAAUGAUUAUUUGUUUUAUAAUAAAAUGAAUAUCUUUUGUUGUU